AUACGGCAUUCAUGAUCUGAUGAGGGAUUUAUGCUUGAAGAAAGCAGAACAUGAAAGAUUUGUGCAUGUUAAGAACAAGCUAGUUGGAAAGGUCGAGAAAGAUUCAGUGUACAGCCUACGCCGUGUGAGUGUGCAUCCGUCUUAUCGCAUCAGAGAUGUGUAUGCUUCGGAAGAGUUGAUGUCGUUUGCCCGUUCUUUUCUUUGCACUUGUGUUGCAUCACGUGAUGUUCUAUCUUCUGUGUUUUUUGGUCUGAGAAUGCUGAGGGUAUUGGACAUAAUCGAGAUCAAGUUCCCACAGUUUCCAACAGAAAUACUGCACAUUUUCAACUUACGCUACUUAGCAUUCUCCUUCGAUUCCAAGCAACUGCCUUCUUAUAUCUCAAGAUUAUGGAAUCUGCAAACCUUAGUAAUUUGUUCAGCUUCGAUCAAAUAUGUGCCAGCUGAGAUAUGGCAGAUGGCAGAGUUAAGACACGUCAAGUUUUAUGAUGCAUAUGUUGAAGAAAGUGAUUGGAGAGGCUUAGUUCUAGAAAAGCUACAGAGCAUCUCUACUAUUAGCGAUCCAAGCGUCAGAUUCCUUGGCAGAAUCCCCAACAUAAAAUACUUGGGAAUUGAAAGUUUGCACCAAUUUGACCUUUCCCAUCUGCACAAACUUGAAACAUUGAAAUUUUCUUGCUAUUCAAGUUCUACUCCCGUUUCCCUAACAGAAUUCAGAUUACCUCCUUCUGUGAGGAACUUGUCUUUUACAAGAUGUGAAAUAGCUGUCGAAUUCAUGGAAUAUCUUUGUGAGGAGUUGCCAAAUCUCGAAGUUCUUAAACUUCGAGAUUGCAAGUUCAAAGGUGUGUGGGAUGCAGAGCAGCAAGAGUUCAGCAAGCUGCAGUUCUUGCUACUUGAAGAUGUGCAGCUGGUGCAAUGGCAAGCCGAUGAGAGCAGCUUCCCAAGACUCCGUCACCUUGUUAUCCGGCGCUGCUCUGCUCUAGAGGAGAUCCCCUCCGGUAUUGGAGAUAUUCCGACGCUCCAAACAAUCGAGUUGGAUGAAUGCAGCCCUUCCGUGGUGGCUUCAGCUACACUGAUCAUCGAGGAGCAACGCGAGAAUGGUAACGAUGAGCUUCAACUUCGUAUGUGAUGCCGAUUUGUGCAAGGAAAUCCUGAAACCUGAUCAAGAGCGAUGGGAUUUUGAUGACGUUCAACCACAACUAAUAUCCCUCCUAGAAAUAGCAACUUCUUUGAAACAGAUUCUUGAAAAAUCUGUUGUGCCAAGUGGCCCCAAAAGGGAAAGAUUAGAGAGUCAAAUCCAAGAUGCAGCACAUGAAGCAGAGGACAUCAUUGAAUCCCACAUGGUCAAUCAGGUGAUGUCUGAAAGCUCGAGCUUCACAAUUUACCCACCAGAUUUGGAGCAAGUGAUCCAACAGCUUCAUUCUGUGAUGUCGUUUGUCAAUGGGAUACAAAUAUCGACAACUAGUUCAUCUGUUGCGGCUGCUGCUGCUGCUGUUGCUGCUUCGUUCUCGCCUGCCAAGAACACUGUGGUGGGACUUGAUCAAGAUUUGAUGGAGUUGAUGGAUCGGCUGAGAGGACAGGAGAGCAAGCUGGAGAUCAUCCCCAUCCUCGGAAUGGGUGGGAUAGGUAAAACCACCCUUGCUCGAACUCUCUAUGAUGAUCAAUCCAUUGCUUCUCACUUUGAUAUCUGUGCUUGGACCACAAUUUCACAAGAAUACAAGGUGCGAGCAAUCCUAUUAGGCCUUUUAACCUGCAUAAAUAAAGAGCUCAUUACUCCUGAUCUCCUAAAACAGGAAGAUAACGAGUUGAAAGAUGUUAUAUAUAAGAGCUUGUAUGGUAGAAGAUACCUGAUUGUAUUAGAUGACAUGUGGGGUGCCGACUCUUGGAACUCUGUGCAAAGGUGCUUUCCCGACAAUGAUAAUCAUAGUCGAAUCAUGCUCACGAGUAGGGGUUCAAAUGUGGGUAAAGAUGUAGCAGGCUCGGGGAGUUACCAGCAUGAGAUGAAUCUGUUAACCGAGUCCCAGAGCUGGACUCUACUUUCCCAGAAGGUGUUUGGGAAAGCCGAAUGCCCUGCUGAAUUACAAGGCAUUGGAAGAAACAUCGCGAGUGAUUGUGGUGGGCUUCCUCUUGCAAUCCAUGUGAUCGGAGGGCUCCUGUCCGAGACCGAGAGAUCAGUAGAUGCAUGGGACCCCGUUGGCAACAACGUGAGAUCAGCUAUAGCUGAGAAAGACAAGCAGUUCUCCAACAUAUUGUCGUUGAGUUACAAUCACUUGCCUAGCUACUUGAAACCAUGCUUUCUAUACAUGGGAGCUUUUCCAGAGGAUUAUGAGGUGCGUGGCUCUAGGUUGAUGAGUUUGUGGGCAGCUGAGGGGUUUGCAGAAGCUGAUGAAGCAGAGGGCUACUUGACUUCUCUGGUGGAGAGGAAUCUACUUAUGGUUACACAAAAAGGUUCCAACGGAAAACCAAAGAGCUACGGCAUCCAUGAUCUGUUGAGGGAUCUAUGCAUAAGGAAAGCUGAAGAGGAGAAGUUUUUUCAUGUCACGCCUCCUAGUGUCCUAAAGGGCACAUUCUACAGCCCGCGUCGUCAGAGAGUUUACUAUUCUUUAAGAUAUUCUUUAGCCUACUCAUCCACCCGUUCUUUCAUAUGCGGCUAUGGUGAUUUAUUACGGGGUCAGAGUGGCUCUUUCUUGGAUGUGGCAAGAUUGGUUAGAGUGUUGGAUGUGUUGGACGACAAUCCAUAUGACUUGGAGUUCCCAACGAAGAUAUUACAACUUGUCAACUUACGCUACUUAGCUUUCUUCUGUGGUCCGCAGCUACCUUAUGAGAUAUCAAGAUUCCGAAAUCUGCAAACAUUGAUUGUUUUGCGCGGCAUGGACGCUGUGGUGGAUGUACCCUCGGAGAUAUGGGAGAUGCCUGAGUUGAGAUGCCUCAAGUUGAAGGGAUCAACCAUGCGCUAUGCUGGCUAUGGGAGAAGGUUCAUUCGAGAGAAGAUGCAAACCAUCUCUACUGUACAAUUACACAGACUAACCAAUGUCCAUUUCUUCAGCGGCUUUCCCAAUAUAAAAAGCUUGGGACUUGAUACCGUGGGCUACGAGAAUGGACCGGUAGGAUGGGCUGUAAACCUUCUCCAUCUACACAAACUUGAAAAGCUAAGAUGCUCAUCUUACUUACCCUCAACCGGCGAUUUUUUGGGUAAUAUAUUGUUGCCUCCGUCUCUGAGAAAACUGACUCUCAAUGAAUGUGGCAUACCUGGGAAGUUCAUGAGGACUCUCUCUCAACUGCCGCACCUUCAAGUACUCCAAAUACGUAAGUGUCACUUCACGAGUGCAGAGUGGGAGGCCACGGAAGAAGAUGAGUUCAGUUCGCUGCAGUUGCUAAGUCUUGAAGCUCAUAAUCUGGUGCGCUGGAGAGCUGAUGAGAGCAAUUUCCCUAGACUCAGACAUCUUCUUUUAACAGAUUGUUGGGAGCUAGAGGAAAUCCCUUGCAGCAUUGGAGAAAUCCCCACCCUUCAACUAAUUGAGUUGUAUGGUUGCAGUCCUACUGCAGUGGCCUCAGCAAGAGAGAUUCAAGAGGUGCAGCAAUCUGAGUACGACAACUACGACCUCCAACUUCGUAUAUAUGUCAGAAAGUCCGAAUUUGAAUGGGAACUACAAGUCCCUUGAAGUUAAUUUUGAGUAUCUUUUAUUUCAUGAGUAACUUUCUUCCCAUCUCUUCUUCUCUGUCAUGAUUCUUUUUACUUCGAUAUGAUUCUUAUUUUAAGCUCA